UCCUCAAAUGGCCAAAGAAGGUUUUAUAUUUCUGUACCUUCAUUCAUCUGGAAGGACCACGAGUGGCGACAAGGCUGUCAUGUCAACACAAAUUGACUUCCCAAAGGUAAAACGGUGCCUGUCAUUCUGGUAUCAUAUGUAUAGCUGGACUGCAGCGGACAUGGGUUUUAUGAAUGUGUUUGUGAGUAAUUCAGAAGGUCAAGAUGUGUCAGUGUUUUUAAAGAAUGGAACACAAGGCAAAUAUUGGUUGUAUCAGGAAAUAGAUAUUCCAGCAGUUGACAAUUUGAAGGUGUCAUUCGUAGGCACUAGAAAUAAAUGGCAGUCGUAUAUGGCGGUUGAUGAUAUUUGGUUGAUCCCUGGAACCUGCGCAAGUCCUUUAACCAGUACAACAACAUCGAGCACAACAACGCCAACCACUACAACACCAACUACUACAACACCAACCACUACAACACCAACCACUACAACACCAACAACUACAACACCAACCACAACAACGCCAACAACUACAACACCAACAACUACAACACCAACCACAACAACACCAACUACUACAACACCAACUACAACAACUACAACACCAGCACCAACCACAACAACUACAACAACUACAACACCAGCACCAACAACAACGCCAACCACAACAACACCAGCACCAACCACAACAACGCCAACCACUACAACACCAGCACCAAUCACAAUAACACCAACCACAACAACGCCAUCCACUACAACACCAACCACUACAACGCCAGCACCAACCACUACAACACCAACCACAACAACGACAACUUCAACAACGUCAUCUUUUACAACUUCAACCACAACAACGCCAACCACAACACCAACGCCAACAACAACAACACCAACCACUACAACGCCAACCGCUAGUACGCCAACCACUACUGCAAAUCCAGGAGUUACUUCGACGUCAGUUUCAUAUUUAUGUGGAUUUGAGUCAUCAGAAGAUGAUUGCAUAUUUGAAAAUUCAAACAAUGGCGACUUUGAUUGGCAGCUUGGACAUACAGGAGGAACACCUACAUUAGGAACUGGUCCUGCAAAUGCAUACUCUGGUGAUCAAUACGCAUAUAUUGAGGUUACUAAAAAAAGGAAAAAUAAGGUUGCAAUCUUAUCAACACUUAACAAAGUUCUAGAUGCCUCAAACUAUUGUCUGCAGUUUCACUAUCAUAUGAGAGGAGCUGGCAGUGGAACACUCUCAGUGUCGGUGCAGGAAUAUGGAUAUUCAUCUAGUUGGGAUAACGUGUUUACUGCCAAUGGAAAUCAAGGAGAUCGCUGGAUGUUCGCCUCCAUUAAUAUUCCAUAUCAUACCGAUCUUUAUAUUGAAAUUACGGCAGACAAAGGAGGCAAUAAAGGUGACAUCGCAAUUGAUGAAAUUGUGUUAUCGACUGGAGAAUGUACUAAUGACUUAUUUGUUUGUGGAUUUGAGUUAUUAGACGAAACCUGCAUAUUUAGAAACAGCGGCAAUGAUGAUUUUGAUUGGAAGCUUGGUCAAUUGAACACACCAACACUAAAUACUGGACCAACUGAUGCAUAUUCCGGCAAUCAGUAUGCUUAUAUUGAAGUAAAUAAGAAGGAAUCGAGAGCAGUUGCUGUUUUAUCGACAGACGGUACAGUUUUAGCAGCUUCCAAAUAUUGCCUCCAGUUUUACUACCAUAUGUACGGAGCUCAUAUAGGAAAUCUUGUAGUUUAUAUAAAAGAGAAUGGUUCCGAUAUGUGGGAAAUUGUGUUUACAAAGGAUAAAGAUCAGGGAAAUCAGUGGAACCAUGCAUGUUUGAAUUUAUCGUAUCAGAAUGAAAUCACUAUUGAAAUAGAAGCAAGCAAAGGAGGCCAAACCAGUAAGAACAACAAAGGGGACAUAUCAAUUGAUGAUAUUCAGUUGUCUACUGGUGCUUGUACAUGCCAAUAUAUCGACUCUCACCUGAAGUAGGUUUGAUUACAGAAAGACAAAAAGACUGGAAUAUAUCUGAAUACGAAAACAAGGACUUAUCAAAAUAUAAU